UUUGCCUAUGCUCGUCUUUAACCAGAAUGAGACUUCUGAAGUGUAAGGUGGUGGGGGAGAGAGUUCCUUGGGAGGAGCGAGGAGUAAGGGGGCGUGGCCAAGGUUUCCUGGCAACCGUGUGUUGAUGCUGCUGCUCCCGCUUUAAAAAGGAAGCCACUAGUUAGGCCCAGGCAGGCAUUUCCCUUGCGUUUCCGAGAACCAGCCAAGCGACGGCGAUGGAUAAGCUGGACCACAACCGACAAGACGUGGCGGAAGCGAUGCGGCUCCAGAGGCGGCGCUUCGAGGAGCUGAAGAGGCAGAGCCGGCUGUUCGACGCCCGGGCCAGGAUCAUCGGGAUUGACACUGAAGCUUUGGAUGCUCAAAUCAAAGACAGAAGGAUCCGAGAAGCUACUCAGAAGGCCUGUGAUGCGGCAAUUGCUUCAGAAAUGAAACAGAAUGACAAGAUCCUCUGUAUUCUUGAUGAACGACAGAAAAGAGACACUCAAAUCCUAAAUAAAGCUCUCAAUGAAUUUCGUCAGAAAUAUCAACAUCUCGAAACACGACGUGAAUUUGACUUAAUUGACCCACAAGCUCUAAAGAAAGAUACUCCUGCUCGUCUUGCCGAUAAUGACCCCCGAUGUACCAUCUCUGGCUUGCAGAAGUUUAUGGGAGAAGACUUAAACAGUGAGAAUAGAUGGAAAUUUCAACAGGAACAAACAAGAGAAUGGCUUUUGCAACAACACAAAGACUGGCAAAAUGCACUGGCAGAUAAAAAGUAUGCUGAUGAUCUCCACAACCAGCACAGACUGGAACUUGACAAAAAAACUGUGAACCUACAAAGAAUCGAUGGAGAAACAAGACGAGCAAUUUGUGUUGCUACCUGUGAUUUCAAUAAAGCUCUGGCUGCUGAAACUAAAGAAAAAAGACUUCUAGAAAAACAGCAAGAACAAGAAGCUAACGUAGCUGAGAUUGCAAACCUACUUAAAGGAGAUUUGUUGUCUGAAAACCCACAGCAAGCUGUUAGCUCUUUUGGUCCAGGACGCGUGGUUGUUGACAGAUGGAAAGGGAUGAACCAAGAUCAGCUGAAAGAAAUACGUGAUAUUCAGAUGCAACAAGUUCUGGAGAAACUGAGGUUGGAAGAAGAGGAAUGUCAAAGAACUGCAGAAUGGGACAGAAAGCGUAUUCAGGAAGCAAGGGCAGAAGUACUUUAUGAACGUCAUCAGCAGCGUCAGAAUCGAGAAAUUCGGAGAGCAUUAGAUAAUACUAAUGUACAGCUCUCCCAGGAGCAGAAAGCUAGGCAAACACACCUUGCUGAAGAAGUAUAUACAAAUUUUCCUUCUGGCCAGUAUUACACUCAGUUUAACACCACUAGUCGGUGAUGUUGGAGCAAAUAUUCACCAAAGAGGUUUGUUUGUAGAAAUGUGUUUUAGCUUUCUUUAGAUAUCUAAUGAAGAAAUACAAUCCUUUUGACAUAUAAAAAUAAUGAAAACCACGCUAUAGAUAUUUUGUGUGACCUUUUUGAACAAAAUAACUGUAUUAAAAGUUUGUCUGAAUUUACAAAGAAGGCAUAAACUGGACAAUAAAGAUUAUUAAUCUUUGCUUUCCCCUUUUUGAAGUUCUCAUUUCUGUAGGUUAAAAGGAAUUGUUCAUAAAAAUGUUUUUGAUAACAGAAUAAGGGUUUUUCUGCAAUAAAAAUACUGACAAAUACAUAUUGCAGGGAAAACAGGGCAUUUCUAGGGCCCCAUCUACACAAACGAUUUAAUACAGCUUCAAUCUGAUUUAAAAGUGGCAGCUACAAGAUGCACACCACCAUGUGCUGCAACUCAAAAUGAGGGCAGUAAUUCACAUCAAGCAGACGUAUGGGAAAGUCCAAGUUAAGCCCCUUAAUGUGCACCAGUGAGCCCCAGGUUCCUGCUGAGCCCCAGUCCAUAGACGAAAUGGACUCAGCAAAAAGCAAAGUACAUUGUAGGUGAAGCACAUAAAAUCCAGAACAAAAGGGGUAAUUUAUUACCUCUACUUCUGUCAUUUUCCUUUUUUAAAAAACCUUAUGUCUUGAGAGCACUAGUGCAAAUCUCCACAAAAUGGGGAAAAAUCCUGCAAGAAAAUUCCUGAAAAAUCCCUAAUCACCCACCUAGUGAAACCAGUUUUUUCCCCAAACCAGUUCCAGACUGACUUAAAUGGUUAAUGUAGACAAUCCCUAGGUUGGACCACCCACUUUAACAUAUGUAUUUAAUAGCCUAUCUACCAACACCAUUGUAUAAUAUGUUUUCCACUUCUAUUUCAUGUUAUUGGAAGAGAUGGGGAAACAAACGGCAUCAUGAAAAGGACCACUAAUAUGAAUAAGUUCUUAAACAUGAGCUUUCCGAUCUCAUUUUUAUAUGUAAUUCAGUUACAUAUAAACAUUUCUUGAAUGGAUAAUUAGCAAUUUAUGAACAACACAUUGCACUUACUUUUCUAUGUAUCUCUGUUUAAUCCCUACCAUGGUAUUAUACCUACAUAAACCAGCAAAUAAUCCUCUGAAAGUUUAUAUUUUCUCGGGAAAUUGCUAUAUCCUCUCCCACAAGUAUUUAAUGUUAUCGGGGAUCUUGCAGAAAAGCUCAGAAAUAUUGGGUUCAGAUAUGUUUGAUGCUGGAAGAUGUUGUUAAAGUGAAAUUUAUUAUGAUACCAGAUCUUUUUUGUUGGGAUUGCUGAACAACUAUUUAGAAAGAAAAUUUGGAAGAUUUUUACAAUGUAUGGUAACUGCCACUCAGAGAUGGAAGAUCUAGCUAUCCUAAUUAAUGAAGAAUGGCUGAUUAAUAUCUUUGAACUAGGUGAAAUUGGCAAUUUGAUUAUGCUGAUUAAGGAGAAAUCUUUGACUAAGAAAGAUCACCACUUCACAACAACGAUGGUGGCAUUUGUAAAUUGUAGGAUUCAUGAAUUAGCAGACUGGUUCAAAAACCGAAAGUCUGAAUGUAUGAUAUUAUUUAAGGAGAGAAAAUGAACAAGAUAGAGAGUGUGACAAUACAGAGUGUGACGUUUGUACAUGUUUGUUUUUUAUGGUUUUGCUUUUGUUGUUUUCAAUGGCCAUUUAGUUAUAGUAGUAGAUAACGUGGUUGUGUAGUUUUCAAUUUCAUAUAUCCUAAAAAAAACUUGUUUUAUUUUGUUUCUUUCUUAAAUAAAUUGAAAGAAAGCGCCUUUAGGCAUUUAUACCGCAAUAUGUAGAAUUUUUACAUGAAUGAUUGAAUGAAUUCUAAAAUGAAGCUCUAGGAAUUGUAUGAUUUGUAAUGGACUCUAUAAGCUAGCUGGCAUUGCUCCCCCUGAUGUGCAACAAGAAGUUGCUGCUAACUGGAGAGAAAUAAAGUUGAACACUCUGAAAACAAUCCACUACAUGGCUAUCUACCUUCUCCCAGUAGACUCAAAUCAAAGAAAAGUUUCAUGAGAACCACCACUCCUCUUAAUGUUCCCCCAACAACAGCAAAAGUAUCCCUCUGGGCAGCUAAACCGGGAAAUCCCAACUGGAUGGCCCCCUAUGAGGGUCUUCCUCCAGGUGCAAACCAAGAAUGGACAGCUUGGAAGCGCCUAAAUAGACUCAUAAGUGGCGUGGGCAGAUCAAAAGACAACCUGGCAAAAUGGCACUAUCUAGAAGGAUCCUCCACUUUGUGCAACUGUGGAGCAGAACAAACAACUCUGCAUCUGUAUGCUUGCCCACAAUGCCCUGCCUCAUGUACAGAGGAAGAAUUGUUUAAAGCCACUGAUAAUGUGGUCGCUGUUGCCCGUUUUUGAUCCAAAAUUAUCCACUUGUGCUCCCUCUAUUUUACCAGUUUUAUACUUACUCAUGCAAUGCUUUUGACAUGAAAUAAAUAAAUGGACUUGACUUGGA